UACUAAUUUAUAACUUUUUUCCCAAUUUUUUUCCUUCAUAUAAUCUUGCAACACUCAACUGGACGUUCCACCCACAAAAUUUUCUGCCUCCGAAAAAGAUGGGUAAUGACGGUCCUUAACCACUCUCCGACCUAUUCAGGGAAACCAAAGCAACUUUCAGAAAGCUGUCAACAUGCCCCCUUACCAGAUGUAAAGCCUUACGAUGGAAUUUCCGCAAUCAACAACAUCACGUCUUCAAUAAUACAGUGGCCACCUAAUGAGGAUACAUAUCAUCCAUUGGAUCAAUAUUUAGGAAAUUGUAUAUCCAAAGGGUACUGCUCGCCAUUCGAUAAUCUUUGUCAUCCUAAGCUAGAGGAUGGACACCCCUGCAACUCCACUAAUCAAUGCUUGGAGAGCCAAUGUGUUGAUGGGUACUGUAAUGCUGGCCCAAAACUUUGGUCCUCAACUGAAGUAGCUCAACAGUCAUCUAAUGGCUUUAAUGCAAUCCAUCUCGUAGCAGGAGUCGUUGGAAUUACUGCACUCAUCAUUAUCGCUGCGAUAUCGUUCUUAGUUUUCAGAAAAAGGAGGCGUACUGAGCAACUAAAGAAGGAAUCUACCUUGCCAACCACAGCACCAUACCCAUCCUCACCUGGUACAGGUCUAGGGACUUUCUACAAUAAUCCAAGGCCCAUAUCUUUUGCGACAUUUGCCAACGACUUCAAUCAGCCGACGUCUGAUUCAGCGCUGCAAAGUGAGAGCUCAAGGGACUGUCCUAGUGUGCACACGCGGCUAGCAAACAAUGAUUCUUCAGGUACUGCUGCCGUUUCACCGGCUAUGCAGCAACUUCAACUCCAGUUAAUGUUACAGCAAGAACUCCGCAGCCAGGAAAUGCAGGAAGUUCAACCACCCGUAGCGUCAAGGCAAGAAAAUCGGUUAAAGGAGCGUCCACCGCCACCGUACCAACCAUAGUUAUUGUUUGCAUUCACUCAAUCACAUUGUAAAUACACUCUCAUUAAAAAAAAAAAAUAGCGCUUCUGAUCUUGUUAACUUGAUCAGCUGAAUUAAAAUACAAGUUGCUGUCAGAGCUGAUGAAAAGUUCA